AUGGCAGUGAACUUCACCUACAGCUUCACUAUGCUUUGCUGUUUAGCACUCUGGAGCUUCACCAGGACUUCAGGUGCUACAAAUGUACCACCACCUCAUUCGACUGUGAAACCUGGCUUCCCUAUCCCGAUGAGCACUGACAACCCUGGUGUUCGCAAGGCAGCUCGCUUUGGGGUUUACAGAUACAACAACAGUUCCAAUGACCUCUUUCUGUUUAAGGAGUUACAAAUAAACAAAGCCAUGGUACAGAUUGUCAGAGGGCUGAAAUACAUGCUCAAUGUGGAAAUUGGACGCACCAUGUGUGAGAAGAGAGAGCACUCCAGCCUGGACAGCUGUCACUUCCAAAAGAAAAAAAAACUGCAACAGAUGCUGAGAUGCUAUUUUGAGGUCUGGAUAAUGCCUUGGUUACAUAAAGCACAUGUCCCUGUUGCUGUCUGUCACUGA